AUGAUGAACGGUUCCCUUCCCAGUGAAAUUGCAUUGGCUACAAACUUGGAUUGGCUUUCUUUGACAAAUGUUUCGCUGACCGGGUCCCUGCCGAGUGAGAUUGGUCUGUUGUCCGUGAUGCGUGGUAUCAGACUUCCCAGAAACAAGCUAUCAGGGCCGUUCCCAAAGGAACUGCAGGAAUUGACUGCUCUCCGGUGGAUUUUCCUUGAUGACAACAACUUUUCUGGCAGUCUUCCUACCAGUUUGCAAUCAAGAGCAACCCUCGAAAUACUGCAACUGGGAGGCAACCGAUUCUCUGGCCAAAUCCCUUCAGAAUAUGGUUCGAUGACGGCCCUUCAAAUCCUGAAUCUAACCAACUUGCCCCUGUUGACAGGAACAAUUCCAUCCGAGCUGAGUUCCUUGUCUGAUCUGGCCCAUUUGGACCUGAGUGGCAAUGAUGGCCUAUUGGGUACCCUGGCAAUUGAUUUAUGUUACAUGCAGAAUUCCUCAUGUGUCCGGGGGUGGGGGUCUUGCGUUCUAAACUUUGAAUGCACAGACCAGCUGUGUGGUUGUGAUUGUCCAUGCUCGAAUCAGACAGUCUACCAUUAG